AUAAACAGUGUGGCCAAGCUGGUGGCUCUCUCUGCAAGCUCCCGUCCACUCAGCAGCUCAGUUCCUGAAGGCUCUCACACUUCAUGCUGCAGUCAGGAGCUCGGCAGAGUCCAGCAUGAUUCUUCUUACUGUGCUGUUCCUUUGCAUCAUUUCUACCUACUCAGCCUCUGUUAAAGGGCACACUACUGGACCAAGCCUAAAUAAUGACAAGCUGUAUAAGUUUGCUUACUCAGCUGAAGUGUAUGUUGAUCGCGUGAAAGCACCACUGCAAAAAAGUGCAGGAUAUCGGAUUUCUUCUGGUGUGGAUGUCAACCUCUUAUGGAGAAAUCCUGAUAAUGAUGAUGACCAGCUGGUCAAAAUUACGAUAAAAGAUGUUCAGGUUGAAAAUGUGAAUGAACGUCCAGCUGCUAAAAACAUCUUCCAAGGAAAAAGCACAGAUAAGAUCCUCGGGAAGGAAUAUCUGGAAGCUCUGCAGAGGCCCAUGGUGCUUGAGCUAGCCCGUGGAAAAGUCAAAACCUUUUACUCGUAUCAAAAUGAACCUGCUUUUACUCAAAACAUCAAGAGAGGUCUGGCUAGCCUUUUCCAGCUCCAGCUGCACUCUGGUUCUACCCGUGAGGUGGAUGUUUCUGGGAAAUGCAAUACUACCUAUCAUGUGCGACAAGACCAAGUGACUAAAAUAAAAGACCUGGACUCCUGUGAAAUAGCCAAGGAAGGAUUUACCAGCCACAACCCGAUCUUAGAUAUUGGUAAAAAAGUCACAUCUGCCACAACCUAUGUGCUGGAAGACAGUUUCUUUAAAUCCAUUAAGGCAGAAGAAAAUUAUGUUUUCCUUCUGAAUUUCCGACGAAAAACAGGUGCCAAAAUAGUAUCAAAGCAGAAGCUGGAGCUGAAGUCAGUACAGGCUGGCCCUGGACUGAUCGCUGGGAAGCAAGUCGCCAGUGUGAUCAAGGCCGUGGACUCCAGCUAUGUUGCCAUGCCACUAGAAGCAGAGCCAGUGAAAUCCGAAUGCAAGAAGUGUCCUUCACUUUCAGAACACUGGAAGAGCAUCAGAGAACAUAUGCAUCCCGAAAAACUUUCCACAGCUGAAGCUGCAAAAAGCUUUUUGUCCUUCAUUAAGAGCAUCAGAAAAGCUACGAAAGAAGAGAUACUGCAAGUUAUUAGAAGUGAAAAUAAAGAUCUUCUUCCACAGGUUGUGGAUGCUGUAACCUCCGCUCAGACACCAGAAUCACUGGAGGCCAUGCUGGAAUUUCUUGACUUUAAGGAUGCAAGCACUUCUGUCCUGCAGGAACGAUUCCUGUAUGCCUGUGGGUUCGCUUCUCACCCCAAUGAAAUGCUCCUGAAAUCUUUAACUGAUAAGUUCAAGGGUGAUAUCGCAAAUGAAGAAAUCAGAGAAACUGUGGUCAUUGUCAUGGGAGCACUCAUCAGAAAGCUGUGUGACAGAGGAGGCUGCAAGCUACCAUUUGUUAUGGAAGCCAAAAGGUUGAUUCUGAAUAGACUGGAGAAGGCCAAGAAAGAUGACAAUGUGAGGAUGUACCUGCUGGCACUGAAGAAUGCACUCCUUCCCGAAGCAAUUCCACUGCUUCUGAAGUACGCUGAGUCAGAAGAAGGGCACAUUAGCAGUCUUGCUGCCACUGCCUUACAGAGAUAUGAUCCUUCUUUUCUCACCAAAGAGGUGAAGGAAACAAUGAACAGGAUAUACCACCAGAAUCGUAAAAUCCACGAAAAGACAGUGCGAACCACUGCAGCUGCUAUCAUCUUAAACAGCAACCCAUCCUAUAUGGAAGUGAAAAACAUCCUGCUCUCCAUUGGUGAACUGCCUAUGGAAAUGAACAAGUACAUGCUCUCCAUGAUCCAAGACAUAAUUCACUUCGAAAUGCCUGCAAGCAAAACAGUUCGAAAAGUUCUGAAGGACAUGCGUGCUCAUAACUAUGACCGCUUCUCCAAGACGGGCUCUUCUUCUGCCUACUCUGGCUAUAUUACACGUGGUCCUGAUAUAUCAUCCACAUACAGCCUUGACAUCCUCUAUUCAGGCUCUGGCAUUUUAAGGAGAAGUAAUAUGAACAUCCAUAUUUUUGAUAGAAACGCUGAACUUCAUGCCAGCCAGGUGGUGAUCGAAGCUCAGGGUCUGGAGUCCAUAAUAGCUGCAACUCCCGAUGAGGGCGAGGAAAACCUGGACUCCUUUGCUGGCAUGUCAGCCAUUCUGUUCGAUGUCCAACUCAGGCCAGUUACAUUUUUCCAAGGGUAUGGUGAUUUAAUGUCUAAAAUGCUCUCAGCAACUGGAGAUCCCAUGAACGUGGUGAAAGGACUUAUCCUCCUGACAGAUUACUCACAGGAGAUUCAACUGCAGGCUGGGCCGGUGGCCAGUGCGGAGUUCCUGGGUGGAUUGGCCAUUGACAUCUCAGGAGGGAUGGAGUUCAGCCUGUGGUACAGGGAAUCCAAAACCAACGUCAAGAACCGGGUAGCCGUGUUUGUAGCUGGUAACACCGAGGUGGAUUCCUUCUUUGUAAAAGCUGGCAUGGAAACCACUUUGGAAGUAGAAACGGCAUUAGACUUCAUCUCCACGGUGCAGUUUUCACAGUACCCAUUUUUAGUCUGUAUGCAGAUGGACAGAAUCGAGUCUCCGUUCAGGAGUCAUGUGACUAAGUAUGAAAGUCUGCCAUCUGGCAGGCGGUACACUGCGAGGAAAGGGAAAGCAGUGAUGCUGGCAGGGAACGAAUACCCUCUCCAUCAAGAAAACUCCAACAUGUGCAGGAGGGUUUUUGGUGCAAAGUCUGAUUCCGGCAGCGGCUGGUUUUGAAAGAAGAACCUGAGCUUUGGCUUUCCUGAAUCCGUGGCUCCCUCAGUGAUUUAGGCUUGUACGUACCAUACUAACGUGGAGCUUGAUCUUGCACUGCUGCAGUUAAUGGGAAAUUUGCCAUUGAUUUCAGUGGGCCAGGAUCAAACUCUCAGUGCGUGCACAGUGUUUACAUGUUAACCUAUAUUUAAAACUUUUGUAAAAAAAACCCUAAGACAAAUAAAGACCAAUUUGGUAGCAUUCCAUGCACUCCCUUAAGGGUGGUGCUUGUUCUUUAUUUUUACUUUUUUUUUGGUGCCGAAAGCAAAAAUAAUCCUUCAUUUUUCUUUCUUGGGGAAUACAGAAGUCCGUGUUUUUGACAUUUGGUAAAGACAAUUAUGAUGUAUAAAGAAUGAUUAUUUAUGAAUAUAUUUUAAAGUAUAUAGGUGUUUUAGGCCUAUGACCAAUCCCCAUUCAAAUAUUCAAGUACAGUUAACACCUAGAUGGGACCAUGAACUCCUGCUUACUCAGUAUUGCCUGUUUACAAAAAAAAAAAGCAGGUUUUAUUUUACAUGAUUUUAAAGGAUUUUGCAUUUUUUUUAAGCAGAAUUUGAUUAUUGUUAUUUAUCUUUUGGAGUUUUUUAUUAACUGCUGUAGUUAAAUACAAUUGAUUAACAAUGUGGGGUAAUGUUUUCAGAAGUACUUACAGUUGCCUUAAUUCUGUUCCCAUUGAAAUCAAUGGUAUGAUUUCCGUAGUUAUCACCAGGAGCAGAGUUAAGCCAACACUGGUUGCUCUUCAAGGUUGCGUCCUAAAAGUUUGUGUCCCUGUGUGUAACCAAGGCAGGUGUAUUUCCAAAAAAUGAACACCCACUAAGGCAAUUCUGAACUAUGAUGAAGGAAAGGUCUUGAAAGAAAUACAUUUUGAAUGCACAGUCUAGCAAAGCCUGUGCCGAGCCAGAACAUUUUCUUCUAGGCAAGUUAGGCUGUAUUUUAACGCCAAAAACUAAUCACUACUCAUACAAGUUCUCUGAUUAAAAUUACUUAGACACUUCAAGUAGUGUCUUCAAAGGAACUGUGAAAAAAAAAAGUUUUAUACUUACAUCAGCAUUGCAGAUUAAGAAAGAAUAUACCUCAUCCCAGCUCAGCUGAUCUCUGACAUGAUCUAUCUGAUUUAAUUUUUAUAGGACAAGGUGGGUAAGUGCUGGUGACAAAAAAGUAAACUCGAAAGCCAGAAACAGUUGUUUAAAAAAACCCCACCAAAACCAAACAAAAAGCAGGCAGAAAAAACUCACAGAUUGUCAUGAAAAAAAAAAAAUUAUUACAAGAUUAAGAAAAAAUCUAAAUUAUUUUGUGUUAUAAAAAAAGAAGAGUGCAGAAAUCUGCAAAAAUCAAACUGUCAAUGGGAUGAAACAGUCUGCAUAUUGUCUUCCCUGAAAAUGCUGAUACAUUUCUAGUCAAAGCAUAAAUAAAACUUGUAAAAAUAUAGUGUGACGAAAUCUUUUA